AUGGGUUUUUUUAGUAGGUUUGUUUCUGAAAUGAACGGACUAGGUAUAAUGAUCGCAAUCCUUCACUUAGGCUUGGCUGUGGCAUUCACGUUAAAUACCGCCACACCAUUACAGAAUGCCAACACUUCCCCUUCUUCUCACAUCUUUGAUUUACAUCUCCCCUACAAGGAAGGAAGCUUUUCUGUGAAAGAGAAUGUUGAUGGUGGUAAGAGAGACGUUGAAGCUCUACUCUCCUUUAAAGAUGGCAUUACAGCCAACCCUAUGAGAGCGCUCUCCAAUUGGACUUCACCGAUUCAGAAAAUGUGUGCUUCUGGACUGGUGUUUGGUGUAGAAAACAUACCAACAGAGUGGUGGUCGAUUCCACCACAGCUUGGUCAGCUGAAAGCGUUGAGGGUACUUGACCUUAGAAGAAAUAAAUUAGUUGGUUCCAUCCCCAAAUCUCUUGCCAAUUUCUCGCAGCUUCAGUGGAUUAGACUUCCGUACAACCACUUGACUGGAAGCAUACCUGCAGAAUUCGGGGGUCUAGGAAAGUUAGAGCAUCUACGGUUGACCUCUAAUCUUUUGAGCGGAAGCAUUCUAGAUUCUCUGGGAAACUGCACUUCUCUUAUCGAUUUUAUAGUUGGCUUUAACUUUCUGACAGGCACAAUUCCAAAGACCAUAAGACAACUCAAAUCUUUACAACUUUUGUAUCUGUAUGAAAAGAAUUUAACUGGACCAAUACCAUAUGAGAUUGGUGAACUCAAGAAUCUUUCUGAGAUUUUCAUCUACAAAAAUAAUCUGUCGGAGGGUAUUCCUGAGAGCCUUGCAGCAUUGAAUAACUGCACAGCCUUAAAGAGGCUGAAGCUAUCCAGCAACUCAUUUGAUGGGGAUCUAGGAAUCCAUUUUUCUUCUUCUAUAGAAGCUUUUUCUGCUCAUUCUAAUCAUUUUUCUGGGACUCUGCCUGCAUCGUUGGGAAAUAGUUCAAACAUUACGCUUCUUGAUUUCAACAAGAAUAGAUUGAUAGGCCUUGAGGGAUUUAGCAGCCCUAGUGUUUCACAAAUGAAGGGAAAUACACUUUAUGAGGAUAUACCAGCCAUCAAAAUAAAAGGAAAUGAGUAUAGACUGGAAUAUGUGCUGGCAGCAAAUACUAUACUGGAUCUGUCAAACAAUAAAUUAAGAGGGAAAAUACCGCCGAACAUAGGGAGUCUAUCUCAGUUGAGGUUGCUAAAUCUCUGUGGAAACCAAUUGGAAGGAAUGAUACCAGCAUCUUUGGGGCAAAUAGAACCUCUGGAGCAGCUGGACUUGUCUCGAAAUAAACUGAGUGGGGAAAUACCAAAGGAGCUAUCAAAAUUAUUCAAGUUGAGCUAUUGA